CCACGAAAAGGGGCUCGCCGGGCCGAAGGACUCUGCAACCCCGGUAGUUUUGAUGAACUUCACCGCAAAUGCAAAGACGUUUCAUGAGCCAACUAAGUAACAUCAUCCGUGCUACAAGGGGGAAGGAGGAGGAGGAGAACUGUGGGGUCCUGGGUGCUCUCUGUGCUAGCUGGUUUUCUCGUGGACGUUUCAUGGCCCAACUAGAUGUUUUCCCUCAACAAAUAGAAGGCGUCAAGCUGAUCAUUAAUAAGUCUCUGAGUAGCCAUUUCCAGGUAAGCCACACUGUUCACAUGAGCACCAUCGGCCACUCGAGUUACCACCUGAACGCGACGUACUUGGGCGAUCGGCAGCUUAGUCCUACAGAGACUUUUCCCACCCUUAUUGGCGAUAUUAGCAGCGCUGGGAGCCUCAGUGCCCAAAUUCUCCAUCUUAUAACGGAGCGGAUACGAACCAAAGCGGUUUUCCAGACUCAACAGGCCAAAUUCACCACCUGGCAAUUUGAUACUGAAUAUCGCGGGGAUGAUUACACUGCCACCCUGACGCUGGGGAACCCCGAUCUGAUCAGCGAAUCCGCUCUGAAAUGGAUAGCCACGCUUAAUUUGGGAUAUGGUGGAGCCCAUGCCAGUUACUACCACCGAGCUAAUGACCAGAUCCAGGUUGGCGUGGAAUUUGAAGCCAACACUCGGCUGCAGGAGACAAGCUUCGCUUACGGGUAUCAACUCACCCUGCCCGAAGCCAAUAUGAUCUUCAAGGGCUUUGUGGACAGCAACUGGUGCGUGGGGGCCGUUCUGGAGAAGAAAAUACCCCCGUUGCCCGUGACCUUAGCGCUGGGCGCCUUCCUCAACCAUUGGAAACACCGCUUCCAUUGUGGGUUCAGCAUCAUCGUGGGUUGAGGGCCUUCUCCGGCCUGGGUCUCUUACAAAAUGGAGGCGGUUGGGUUUUGAAAGGUGGGGGGGGCAUUGCUCGGUUAGAGCAAUGCGGCCUUGGAUGAUGGACACGAGGGUAUCGGGGCCCUUGCGGUCUCGCGUAGAUACGCGGCGAUGCCACGGCCUCCUCCGUUGGUCCGUGCACGAUUCCUGCCUGGAGAGAAACACACCCUGGGUGCAAGGGUGCCCGUUUCUCACCCCCCUGGGACCUCCGAUUUUGCUCGCUUAGGGCAAAGUAAAAGCCAGGCACAGGAUUUUGGGUCUCCUUUCUACGUUUGAUGGUCUUUGGAGAGUUCUGAUCUCUUGGGUUCCCCAGUGGAGCGCGGGAUCGGCGCCAUUUUGGUGUGGGUCAUGUGGGGGCCCUGAAAUUUGAAAGAGCCCCUCAACUCAGCUGCUGUUUCCUGGACGGCUUGUGUUAUUUGGCUGAUUCAGGGGCAAGGACCAAAAAGCUGAAUUUUAUGACUUCAGGGCAAUGGUGACUCUAAAUAUGAUUAAAACGAUGUUGAGGCUAGAAUUCCUAGCCCCUCAAAACGCUUCAGGUGUGGUUCUUUUAACGCCUUGUUUUGAUAUUUUCAUAGACAGGAAACGGUUGCCACUUUCCUCAAAACUUUACAAGUCAUCCUCUAGUUAUGACCCUUUUGGUUAGUGACGCCUUUCCUGCCCCUUUUGAGUGUGGGAAAGAAAACCGAGAGACGACAAGAACAGCUGAUCGGUUAGAAAGUAAAACGGAGAGAUAAAUACAUGGAAUAACACAGAUAAAAUGAAAAAAGGAAGAGGAUAGAUAAACCAAGGAAAGACGGGUCGAUAAAAAUGAAACGGAUAAAACCGAUGAAAAAAAAAAUGAG